UAGAGAAAGAGAGAGGGAAAGAGAAAACCUCGGCAAGAUUUUUUUGAAAAGAGUAGGUAGCUAUGAUCAGGCCAAAAGAAGACGACCGGCUCUCGACCAAGAAAUCCAAGUCCAAGGUCAUUCGACCCCUUGGCUACGUGUAAGCGUAAAUACCCCGUGGUCUAAGUCGGCUUUGACUUUGACACGUGAUAGGGAACGGUUCGAAGCUGCUAUGCACUCGCUCGGAUUUUACCACAGCUCUAUGGUCACAUGUCGGUACUCGAUUCCCGAGAGCUUUUCCGUGGGACCAGGUGAGGAAUCGGAGUUACAAGCAAAGUUAGAACAGAAGGUUGAAUUGGCGAUCGCCAAGGUCGUCUUGGAUCACCCGUCCCUACGGGUAGGACUGCGUGGCGAGCACGAGCGUAAGCCAGUAUUUGUCGAGCUUGAGGCCGUUGAUUUUCGCCGUCAUAUCGAGUGGCGCCGCUUCGAUAAGGCGACGGACUACGAGUCUGAAUUCCUGGUGCUCAUUAGAAGUCGGCUCAACAUUAAAGUCCCACAGCCGGAGGAUACGCCGUCGUGGCGGAUCCUUGUGCUACGUGUCGAAGGCGAACGGGUUCUAGAUGUCAUGUUCGAGUGGGGACAUGCGCAUAUCGACGGGAUGAGCGCUAAGAUGUUCCACGAGGAUCUGCUUCGGAAUCUAAAUGGCGACUUCGCGCUACAAGAAUUCAAGAAUCGGAUAUUGACGAUCCCGCCCUACAAGCGAAGGGAUCUUCCCCCAUCUUUACAUGCGUUGACCAAGUUCCCCAUCACACCAGGCUACGCGCUGGCGACGCUGUGGGAUGAGUUAAGAUCGCCGCGGCUCUUAGAGGAUUCAAAGUCGGAUCUACACGCCACAUGGGCACCGAUCCGACUACAGCCGUACGUGACGCAGUACCGGCACUUUAGCAUCGAUGGCGAAGGACUGCGGAACGUUCUAGCUGCCUGCCGUAAGCACAAUACGACACUAACGGGCCUGAUACAGUCCGUCGUGCACGUAAGCCUAGCGACGAGGUUAUCGGCGGAGGACGCGCGCGGGUUUCUCGGUUGUACCAUCAUGAACCUGAGGCCGCUCAUGUGCGCAUUGGGGGCAAAAUCAAAGGUUCUUACGUCGUCGGGAAUAGAUCCGAAGAAGACCAUGGGUAACUUCGUGACUUUGUUAGAUCACGAGUUCGACGCGAGGUGGGUUGCUAGGAUUAGGACGGCGAACGUGCCUCAAGUCGAACAUUCGGAGGUAGACGUAAGAGACGGAAUAGAAGGCGAGAAAGUACCCGAAAGGCGCAUCGUCGCCCUUGAGCCACUCGUCUGGGAGAUGGCGGAGAGGACCCGUACGGCCAUACAGAAGCGGCUAGAUGAUGGGACCAAGAAUGACAUAAUGGGGUUGAUGAAAUUCAUCCCUGACUAUCGUGCAUUGCUUAAAGAAUGGGCAAAAAAGCCCAGGGGUCACUCCGCCGCCGUGACAAACUUGGGGGUCAUCGAUGGCCAUUCCCAUAUUGGCGUAUCUGGUGAUAUCGGUACUACCGCCGAAGCAGGCGGGAAGUGGACUAUUGAGAGGGCGGUAUUCUCCAUUAGUCCCGAAGCCCACGGCACGGCAUUGUGCAUAUGCCCAAUUGCCGUGAAGGACAGGGAAUUGUACGUAUCGUGCGACUGGCAAGAUUGCGCCGUAGACACAGCUUUAGGAGAGGGAGUCAUUGCUGAUCUGGAAUCAUGGUUACGGUUUCUUGGAAGGAAUGCAUAGAGAAGAUGUCUCGCAUCGUGACUUGCGAAGGCUGGUAUGUUGGCGUCGCAAGGAAUAAUCAGGGAGAGUAAUAUCAUUAGGAGGACAGCGGAAAGGUAUCUCAA